CCUUUUGGAAUGUUUUCAUGAAGACUUGUAUUUGUUAUUUUACAGUAAAAACACUAAUAAGAUGUACUAAGUUAUUAUGCAGAUCUUAAACAAUGAUGACAUCCAAUACUGUCACGGUGCACACAGCAGGCAAGAACGAGCAACACGCAGACGAGGCUAAACUUCAAAAUAAUAGUCUUUAACCCUUUGACGCGUACAAUCACACCCAUAGACAUAAUAAAUACUUAGACGCCUCAUUGGUCGCUCGACCGCACGUCAACGGCGCCGCCAUAUUGGUGCGGGCAACUCUCCAGAACUCUCAUACCGGGACAGAAGAAAACACACCUGACUCAGCGGCAGCUUGGGCAUCACAGACCGUCGCACAUUAAUAAAAACAGAUCUCGGGGUAUUAUCUUUCACAGAUAUGGCAAGUACUUCAACAACCACAAGUCUCCACCAGACAGUAAUGGAUUACAUGCACAAUGUGACACCUUUAUGGCAUGGAAUAAAACCUCUAUAUUUUGAAGGAGUUUUACAACAACACCACAAAACUUCAAAUUAUGGUGGUCAAGAUGUCCCGUGCAACUAAACCACGUGGCCCUACAGCCAGCAAGGAGAGAAAGGGAAAAGGACAUAAUGUUUACACACCAGUCCAAAUGGUCUUGUUUAACUUCAUUAGAUUACCCCUACAACCCCACCAUAAUAGCAACAAGACAAUCACCCAAAUUCUUCAAAUGGACAUGGAAUACCAGAGUGUGAAUAUCAGAGCCAAAUGCAUUCAGUUGGAAAGUGAAGGCCAUAACAUUCUACAAGAUGGCACUUUUCUUGAAAAAACAACUUGCACCAUAGCAGAUACCACUGGGGUGGUAGAGCGUACAGUUUGGGGACUACAGCACAACAUCAAUAUUGAAUCUUGGUUCUACAUGACUAACCUCUCAUUGUGCAUCUUCCAAGGGUUCUGGGUCUCUCGUGUCCUCAGUGUUCAGCUCUGCUUCACUUCUAGACUGAUGGGAAUAUUACAGCAUUUAUUGGUGAGUUGUGGGCGGAGCUUAAUUGAAGGCGAGUUGUUGUGGGAGGAGCUUGAAGCUGUGGCAGGAAUAGCAGGGGCCUCUUUCAUAAAACAAGUUAUGAAACAGGCCCCAGAUCUGCUAAAAUCCAAAAUAAUCAGUUAAUGAAUUUAUGUUUUUAUUAUUUCACACAUUUUAAGCAUUCAGUGUUUUGGGUCCACAUUUUCAAAGAUGGAUAGAUAAAAGUGAAAGUUCACAUUCUAUGAGUUUUUUUUAUUUGCCAAUCUAAUAUAAACCUUAACCUUUUCAUUCGUUUAUCUAUCAUAAGAACAAACUAACAAAGAAAUAGGUGAAUACCCAUACAUAAAGAAAUCAAAUAUGAAAAUAUAUGAAUAAAAUAGAAUAAUAAACUGAUUCAGAAGUAAUUGUACAGAUGUGUAAGCAACAAAAAACAUUUAAACUUAGUUGAACUGCAGUUGGUUUCAGUCUGUUUAGACCAAUUGAAUGAGCUUUAAGUGGCAGUUCACAGGUGAUUUGAAGACAUCAGCAUCAUGAAUGAGGUGAAAACAGGAACUAUUAGCAUGAAAUCAGCUCUUCUGAAAAGCUUUACAUGAUCAUCAGCAGAGAUUUCACUGUAUUCACACUUUAAUUGUUUACAUACAGCAUUUGAAUAAAGACUUUAUUAUUACUAGCAAUAUGAGACAUUAAAAUGUGUCAAAACAAAUACAAACACGCUCAAAAAAAUAUGACCAUGGUUACAGUAUUUUUCUGCCUACUUUUUGUGUGGGAGACCGUAUCAUUAACCGCUAGAGGUAAUUAACCCUAAAAAGAGCAAGACCAUAAAGAAACAUUAGAAGAAUAAUUUACUGCUAUUUUCCAUCUUAUUGGGACUAGUAACAGUCAAAUAAUUUCAUUAUGUGUCAAAUAUGAUUUCUUUAUUAUUAUUAUUAUUAUUUUUUAAACUUGACUCUUAUUUUUCAGGAUACGUCGCCCCUUUGUGGGUGUAACUUCACAAAAAACAGAAUAUUGUUACAAUAUAUUAUUAACUAUUGUAAAUCAUUUUUCCCCCUAACGUACAACUUCACCAUUUACAACAGAGGGGAAGAUGCUCCAUUAUUAAAAACAGUGUGCAUUUACUCUUAAGUUGUAGCAUCAUUAGAUAUAAGAUAUAAACUGCAUCCCCAGUGAGUUAUUAUAUAAAAUAAAAAGGAACAUUUUCUCAUUUACUUGUCAUAGCACUAAAAUGUACUUACAAAAUAUCAAAAUGACUUUUGAUAUCAUUCUUAUUUAUAUUUUUAUAAGUGUAAUUUCUUUGCAUGUCAUUAAUGUAAUGUACUAAAUCAACUAUUCUAUGUAAAAUUGUUUUGACAAUUUAGAUGAAUAACUUAACCAAUGACAGCUAGAAAGGUAAAUUUAUUCUAUAUAAUAAAUGUAGUAUAUGCAGGCAUAUGAAUAUUUACAUAUUAGCUACACAUCCAAACUGACUGAUUUCACAAUAAAAUGUUAUGUAUUAGAGUGUUUGUAGGUGCAUGAUUGUCCAUUUUACUGUUUUGUUUCUGAUGCGUUGUUUGUACUUGAAUAGAAGACUGACAAUAAUACGCAAUGGCCAUACUUUAAAAAAUACACUUCGAUAUUCCAAUCCAUUUAUUGUCUCCUUUUUGUUUAAAAAUUCAAACAGCAACAAUAAAGACAUUUAUAAAAAAAUAAAAAAUUUAAAAAAAAUUAAUUUAAAAAAAGCGUCUUUUUAAUUAAACAUAUAACAUUCAAAGGGGAUACAGUCAAAGCAAUAAAAUACAUAAACAACCAGAAUACAAAACAGUAAAUACCUAAUAACUACUAAGUCCAUCACGAUGGCCAAAAAGUUUGUUUGACCUUCAUACCCAGUCACUAUGCUGAUUCAACAACAUACACUGAACAAAAUUAUAAACGCAAUACUUUUGCUUUUUCCCCCAUUUUUCAUGAGCAGACUUUUUCUAUGUACACAAAAGGCCUAUUUCUCUCAAAUAUUGUUCACAAAUCUGUCUAAAUCUGUGUUAGUGAGCACUUCUCCUUUGCCAAGAUACUCCAUCCACCUCACAGGUGUGGCAUAUCAAAAUGCUGAUUAGACAGCAUGAUUAUUGCACAGGUGUGCCUUAGGCUGGCCACAAUAAAAGGCCACUCUAA